AUGGCGAGGAUGCACUGGGACAAGGACCUUGUUCCACUAUGUGCACUGAUUGCUGCGGAGUGCAUAAAUGUUGGUGCUGCCAUUCUGUUUAAAGCAGCCACUCUCAAUGGCGUGAAUUACUACGUCUACACCCUCUAUGCUUCUGCAAUUUCCGCUCUUGUUCUUCUUCUUCCUCUGCCCUUUGUUCUCCGUCGGUCAACUGGGCUUCCUUCAUUCAAGUCGUCUCUGCUUUUCAGAAUUUUCCUCCUGGGACUGAUCAGCCUUGGAACUCGGCUUUGCGGAGCCAAAGCCAUUGAAUACAGUUCACCUACUCUGGCUGCCGCCAUGAGCAACCUGGUUCCCGCUUUUACCUUCAUACUUGCCGUCUUCUUCAGGAUGGAAAAGGCAGAGUUAAGGAGUUCAAGCACUCGGGCGAAAAUCAUAGGUACAGUAGCAUCAAUUUCUGGUGCACUCGUAGUUGUUCUCUUCAGGGGUCCUGCACUCAAGUCAGCAUCUCCUCCAACAAAUUAUCCACGGGAUUCAUCAUCAACACAAACGAAAUGGCUUCUCGGUGGCUUCCUCCUUCUUGUUCAGUGUCUUCUAGCUCCAAUCUGGUACAUUGUGCAGACCCAAGUUAUAAAAGAAUAUCCAGCAAAGCUGGUAGUGGUGUUUUUAUACACCCUGUGCGGGACUCUUGUAGCUGCACCAGUGUGUUUAGUAGCAGAACCAGACUUGAGUGCUUGGAAGAUAAAGCCUGACAUAACAUUGCUCUCCAUUAUUUACUCGGGAUUCUUAUGUACAUGUUUAAUCUGUCUGAUUGAAAUAUGGAGCCUCCAUCUGAAAGGCCCUGUGUAUGUGUCAAUCUUCAAGCCUCUUUCCAUCGCCAUUGCUGCUGCUAUGAGUGUCAUUUUCCUGGGCGAUGCUCUGCAUCUGGGCAGCGUUAUUGGAGCAGCUAUACUGUCGGUUGGAUUUUACGCUGUGAUAUGGGGGAAAGCGAGAGAGGAAGAAGAGUUGAAAGAGCAAUGCGAAUUGGGUAGCCCAGCAAUCCAGCCGAAUAACAGGACUCCUUUGUUGCAGAGCUACGUCAAUGAGGAAGAUAAUAGUAAAUAACGGAAUGACAUGCAAUGGUGUGUGUGCUCAGGUUUCUUGCUUAUGAAAGCAGGAAAUCCUUAAGAAAUCAUCGGAUGCCAAAGAGCUUUUAAUUGAUUUAAGAUUUACAAAUCCUUUUUCAGAUCGAAUUGUUUUAUGAAUAUUAGUACGCUUCCAGCUUCUGAGA